AUGGAGACAAUUGGCGCAUUACUCCGGCCCCACAGGCGACAGCUGCAGAAUCUGGCGAUUGGGCUGAGCUGCGUAAAGCUGCUGCGGGGCUUGGGCUUGGUUUUGCGCAUGAAAACGGAUCGAACCAACGACGCCAUCUCCAUAAAGCCGCUGCUGGGCGCUCUGCUGCUGGCCGCGCUGGGCAUGCGACUGGCCCAGCUGAGCGGCGAUCGUCUCUCGCUGAAGAUCAAUAGCACCAGUCUGGCGGUGAACCUGGUCUUUCUGGGCAUGUUCUAUGGCUAUGCGCCGCCGGCUUGCAAGCGCCGCAUUUGGCGCAAGACGCUGCCAAUUGUCCUGCUGAUUGUGAUCUGUUUGGUUUAUUCAGUGAUCCGGGCGGAGGCGGCGACAGUCGAGCGACAUUUGAGCAUCAUGAUGACGGCGACCACAUCCCUUUUGAUUGUGAUGGGGCUGCUGCAGCGAACUGGCGCUGUGCUCGGCUGCCUGAUAUCCAUAAUGGUGGCCACAUCCAAAUUGCUCUAUGCACUCUCCAUGCUGAAUACGUUCAUGUGGUAUCAGAAUCUGUUGGUGCUCUGUCUGGACGUGCUGCGCGUUGCCUUCGCACUCGCGGCGCGACAUCGGAGCGCAGCUUUUGGCGAUUCGCGCCAAAAUAUCGCAAAAAGAGGGCUUUAA